AACCUAUUUACUUUAAUAACCUCUCCUUUCUUUAUACUUUUAUUCGAAAUUUUUUUUCUGUGAAAAGAAACUAGCUGAAUAAAAAUGGCAGGAGACGAAGACAAUAAUAAAGAAGGCUACGUCUACUCUGAAAAGAUUCUUAGCACAGAGUCCAAUGGCAGCCUCGAUGAAAAGUAUGACCAAGAUAACAGAUCACAAUUGACAGACUCCAAGGAUCGCAAGCUUGAUGCUGAGCAUCAGAUUCAUGCAUUUGGUGAAGGCGAGGAGGACUUGGACAUGGCUAUUAUCAAUGAAAUUACUGUAACCGAGGAUGAUGUUAAUAUGAGAUCUCUUACAGUAAGAUCAAUGGUGGUCGGUGUUUCCCUUGCUGCUCUCAGUUCUUCAGUUUACCAACUCAUGACAUUUAAGCCUGUUGGUGUUGGGUUGUCUAGUACAUUCAUGUUGAUUGUUGCUUACGUUUUGUGUAAUCUUUGGGCCAAAUAUCUUCCAAAAGGCGGUUGGUUAAAUCCUGGUCCCUUCACUAUUAAGGAACACACUUGUAUUUAUAUCGUAGUUGCAUCGGCUAAUACUUCUGCAUAUGGUACAUACAUUCUUUCGGCUCAAGCCCUUUUCUAUGACAACUCUCCUUCUAUUGCUGGUGGUAUCUUUUUGUUGCUUGCCACCCAGCUUGUUGGUUAUGGUAUUGCCGGUCAGCUCAGACCUUAUCUUGUAUAUCCUGCAAACAUUACAUGGCCUCUUGCUUUACCCAUUGUAUCAUUAAUCAAAACUUUCAAUACUGACGCCGCUGAAGCUAAGUGGCGUACAAGAUAUUUUUUUAUUGUAUUUGGUGCUAUUUUUGUAUAUGAAAUUAUUCCGCAAUACAUCUUCCCCUUGUUGGGCGGUUUCUCUAUUAUUUGUCUUGCAAAGAACAACAACGUUUGGGUCCAAAACAUCUUUGGUGGACUGUCUACUAACGAAGGUCUGGGUCUUUUAUCAUUGAGUUUUGAUUGGACUUCCAUUUCUGCCUUGAAUCCUCUUAUUAUCCCUGGAUGGGUCCAACUCAACGUAAUUGGUGGUUUGGUUUUGUUUUUUAUUAUUACUCCACUCGCGUAUUACUACAAUGUUUGGAACGCUCAAAGCUUCCCUUUCCUCGACAAUGGUAUCUACCAGCUUUUCGAAAACGGCACUGCUAUCAGAUAUCCUCAAUCCUCCGUAUUAAAUCCCGAUAACAGUUUAAAUCAAACACUCUUUGCCGAAGUUGGAAAUCCUAGUUUUGCUAUAUCAAAUGCCUUGUCGUAUAUAUAUAUUAACCUUGGUGUUACGGCUACUAUUACUCACGUUGCACUCUACCACGGUAAAGAAAUUUGGGCAACAUUCCGUAAUCUUCGAAAGAAGGUUUCUGGUAAAGAUGAAGCUGAAAUGGAUAUUCACAUGAAGUUAAUGCAAGCUUAUCCCGAGGUUCCCAGUUGGUGGUAUUAUUCACUUUUUGUCGUUGGUAUUGGACUCAAUAUUGGUGUUGGGUAUGCUAAUACUUCUGGACUACCAUGGUGGGGUUUUCUUUUGGCCAUUCUGCUUUCCUCAGUUCUUUCUCUGCCCUUAAACAUGAUUCAAGCUAUUACUGGUAAUAGUUUCGGUUUAAAUGUAGUCGCUGAAAUGGUUUGCGGUUUUAUUUUACCUGGUUACCCUAUUGCUAAUAUCUACUUUAAAACUCUCGGUUUCAACACUAUGAGUCAAGCUGGUGCAAUGGCUCAAGAUAUGAAAAUCAGUCAUUAUCUCAAGGUUCCACCCAAGAUGACUUUCCUUCAUCAAAUGAUUGGCACUAUAGUUGGUUGUAUCUUCAAUUAUAUUGUUAAUGAGUCUAUUGUUAGAAAUGAACGCGAAAUCCUUCUCGACCCUAUCGGUAACCGGUUCUGGAACGGUAAUAGUCCCCGAACCAUCAAUUCUGCUGCUAUUACUUGGGGUGCCAUUGGUCCUAUGGCUAUGUUUGGUCCUGGUACUCAAUACUAUAUUUUCCUUUGGGCAUUUGUCAUUGGAUUUUUCCUCCCUGUUCCUUGUUGGUUAUUGUAUAAGAAAUUUCCUAAGGCUGGCUUCCAAUAUGUCAGUAUUCCCGUGGUACUGAUUGGUCUUGCAGGUUAUUUGCCUGGUGGUAGUAGUUCUUACUUUACUGUAUCUAUCAUUCUUAUUUUUGUCUCUCAGUACUAUGUGAAGAGACGUUACAGUGAGUGGUAUGCUAAGUACAAUUACCUAUUAUCUGCUGCUUUGGACUCCGGAGCGUCAUUAAUGACAUUCUUCGUCGCUAUCGUCUUUUACGGUGCUGCCAGUGGUAAAGUCUACAGCUUCCCUGAUUGGUGGGGUAAUGAUAACGAAUCUAUUUACAUGGAUCAGUGCUGCAAAAACUGUGAUUUGUAAAGACUGAUAGUCCGUCUACAUAAUAUCAUAUUUCUACUCUAAUAUAUAGUAAUUAAUAAUAAUCCCUUUUCUAUUAAAAGGUUGACUUUUUAACAAUAAAGUUAAUUUCAAAC